AUGAGCGAAGCCAUUUGGAGAACUCCCUGCAGACCACGCACCAGAGGGCCGCUCGGGCGGGUCCACCCGAGAGACGCGGAGUCGCCUCAGGAAGUCAGCGCCUUGAAGGAAGAGCAUGCACGACGAAUGUCUGAGCUGCAGCGGAAGCAUGCCGAGGAGCAGGCGUUGGCCUCGGCCCAGCAGACGGAGGCGCUGCAAAGCUGUCAGCUGCAUGCAGAAACUGCGGAAGCUCAGGUAGCUCAGCUCUCCAGGCAGCAGCAGUCGCUGCAGAGUAGUGGAGAGAGCUGUAGGGAACGAGCCCUUCAAGCGGAGAAGGAGUUGAAGGAGGCUAACCUGGAGAUCCAGGAGCUACGGAAGCAGCUGAAGGUCUUGGAGGAGCAGAAGUUCCGGCACGAGCGAGAGAUCAACGAGCUGAAAGUUCAGUUGGCCUCGGUGAAGGAACAGCUGGCAGUGCGGGAGCAACACGCAGCCAGCCAGAAGCUUCAGAUUGACGAAGCGGUGAACCAGCGGCGCAUGCUGGAGGAGAAUGUGAGCAGCUUGAAGAAGCAGGCUUCAUCUUUGGAAGAGAAGUUCAACCUGUCGAGCCAGGAGAUUGCCAAGGGCAACCGGAUCAUCCAGAGCCUACACCAAUCCUCCAAGGAAAGCAAGGUGAAGUUGCGGCAGAAACAAAGCGAGUUGACCGAUCUGGAGAAAGCACGCUUGGAACUAGAGAAGGAGGGGCAGCUCUCCAAGUUAGUGCUGGAUGAGAAGGAUCAGGAGCUUUUGCGUGGCAAACAUCGUGAAGAGAAGAUGAAGGAGGACAUCGAUGAGAUGAAGAGGAAGUUAGCCGAAGCACAUGAUGUCAUCAAAUCCAACCAGGAAGUCAUCGAGUAUUUGAACCGCCAACUCACCGAGCGAGAGCUCCGCACCAUGCCGACCGUGCCGAUGUCGGGUACGGCCAACUCGACCUUUCAAUCGGACGUCCCGUCGCGGAGCGGCACCACCAGCGUGGCGCUGGCGGAGCUGUUGAGCAAGGUGGAGAGCCUCGCACCCAAGUCGAAGGGACUUCCCAGCAGUCCCGGCUAUGGCGGCCAUGUGUCCUCCUUGAAUCUCAGCCUUUCCACGCCGGCGAAGACACCGAGCACCAUGGCCAGCUCGCCAGAAGAGGAGUUCAUCCACUUUUGGGAUGACUUGGUGCAUGUUCCGCAGACUGGGCUGCUGCUGAUGGGGGGAGCUGGACCGGCGGAGGGAACAGCUCGCGCGGAUUGCACAGGGUACCCAGUACCAGGCGUGGAAACGACGCUCGGCAUCUCUUUCCUCGCCCUGGCGGUGUCGGUGAACCCGACCGGUGGCCACGACGCGGCGGUGGCCAGCGUGGCGCAGCUCUUCCAAAGAUUGGAGGAGCUUUCCCGAUCCAUGCAGGAUGACCAGGUGUGCAGCGAAAGCGAGCUCUUGGAGUUGCGCCAGGAGCGGAAUGCCUUGAAGGAUCGCUUAGAAGACGCUGUCAGCAGCCUCCGGCAGCUCUCAGCUCGUGCGGCCCUUCUGCAGCCGGCCGCCGCGGACGCGGGUCCUGCGGGUCCCGCGGAGCCCACGGCGGGCGCGGGCGCCGCCGAGCCGUCGGAGUUGCAGCGUCGGGUGUGGCAGGCGGAAGGUGAACUCCAAGAGUUGAAACGCAUGGAAAACCUCCGGCUCCAGCGGAUCCAGACGCUGGAGCUUCAUCAGGAAAGUCUUGUGGAGCAGACCACAUGGGCCACCGCCACGUCCUCGGUGUCCGGCGAGGAUGCGAGGAGGACGCUGCAGAGCCUGGAGCAGAGCGUGGCAGAGCUCCAGGCGAGUGUGGUGGCCAAGAAGGAUCUUUUGGAGGAGACGCGCGAGCGGAGCCAAAAGGGUCAGCGCUACAUCCAAGCUUUGCAGCAGCAGCAGUUGCAGCUGGUCUCCCAGGCGGACGAGCGGGUGCUGCGGAACCCUCGGCCGCCGCGCUCUGCAACGGCCGUGUGA